AAGUCGCCUGGGUUUCUGCGUUGCCAGGAAGGAUCCAUUGAACGCAAGAUGGAAUCCUGAGCAAGGAGGGAUCAAGCGGGGAGGGUUUGGUGACCUUUGAGGAGGUAGCUGUGUUCUUCACCCCAGAAGAAUGGGCCCUCUUGGAUCCGGACCAGAGAUCCCUCCACAGGGAAGUCAUGGAGGAGAACUGUGCCCUCCUGGCCUCUCUUGCUGAUCACUGGAAGAAAACAAGCAUAUGUCCCAAGUAUGGGAAGCGUUUCAUUCAGAAAAUGGGCCUAGACAGACACCAACAAACCCACAGAGAAGGGAAGAACUCUUACAGAUGGAAGCCCUACAAAUGCACCGUUUGUGAGAAAUGUUUUUCCCAGAAGAUAGCACUUUUGCUUCACACAAGAGUCCACAUUUCAAGGGAAUGCUUUAGAUGUGAGGGGUCUACAAAGCGGUAUGACUGCCACUUGCACCUACCGAGUCACCAGAAAGUCCAAAGGGAAGAAAAAACAGACAAAUGCCAGCGGCUUAGAACGCAUUUUCCUCUCAAUUCACACAUCCAGGAUCAUCCAGCAGCCCACACAACAGAGAAACCGUAUAAAUGCAGGGUGUGUGGCGCAUGUUUUGCUCAAAAUUCAAAUCUUCUGAUCCACCAGAGAGUCCACACCGGAGAGAAACCAUACAAAUGCCAAGACUGUGGGAAAUGUUUUGUUCAGAUUUCACACCUUCUGGUGCAUCAGAGAGUCCACACCGGAGAGAAACCGUAUAAAUGCAAGGACUGUGGGAAAUCAUUUGCUCAGAAUUCACAUCUUCUGGUUCACCAGAGCAUUCACACUGGAGAUAAACCAUAUACAUGUCAGGUGUGCGGAAAAUGUUUUGUUCAGAUUUCACAUCUUCUGGUGCACCAGAGAGUCCAUACAGGAGAGAAACCAUACAAAUGUCAGGAGUGUGGCGCAUGUUUUAACCGGAAUGCUAAUCUUUUAAUUCACCAGAGAGUCCACACAGGGGAGAAACCCUAUAAAUGUGAAGAGUGUGGGAAAUGUUUCGCUCAGAAUCCAAACCUUAUCACACAUCACAGAAUCCAUGCAAGGGAGAAAACACACAAAUGCCAACACUGUGGAAAGUAUUUUGCUCAAAAAUCAGUCCUACUUAUUCACCAAAGUGUUCACACAAGAGAGAAACCAUUCCAGUGCCGGGAGUGUGGGGAGUGUUUUACUCGGACUGCAAACCUUCUCAUCCACCAGAGAGGCCACACAGGAGAGAAACCAUAUAAAUGCCAGGAGUGUGGGAAAGGUUUUGCUCGCAAUUCGAACCUUCAGGCACAUCAGAAAAUCCAUACGGGAGAGAAACCAUUCAAAUGCCAGGAGUGUGGGGAGUGUUUUUCUCGGAGCGCAACUCUUUUGAGCCACCAGAGAGUCCACACAGGAGAGAAACCUUAUAAAUGCCAGGAGUGUGGGAAAUCUUUUGCUCAGAAUUCAAAUCUUUUGAGGCAUCACAAGGUCCACACUGGGGAGAAACCACACACAUGUCAGAAGUGUGGGAAGUGUUUUGCUCAGAAUUCACAUUUUGUGUCACAUCAAACAGUCCACACAGGAGAGAAACCAUUCAGAUGCCUGGAAUGUGGGAAGUCUUUUGCUCAGAAUUCAAACCUUUUGAGGCAUCAGAGAGCUCACACAAAUGACAGUGGACACCUUAUGGGCCACCACAAAGACCGUCCACGGAAGAAACCACACAAAUGCCAGGAGUGUGGGAAAUGUUUCACUUGGAAGUCAGACCUUCUGACUCAUCAGUUUGUACACACAGGAGAAAAACCGUACAAAUGCCAGGAGUGCGGGAAAGGCUUUGCUUGGAAUUCAAACCUUGUGAAGCAUCAGACGGUGCACACAAAGGAGAAACCCUACAAAUGCCAGGAGUGUGGGAAAUGUUUUUCUCAGAAUGCAAAUCUUCUCAUCCACCAGAGAGUCCACACUGGAGAGAAACCAUACAAAUGCCAGGAGUGUGGGAAGUGUUUUUCUCAGAAUUCGAACCUUGUGAUCCACAAGAGGGUCCACAAAGGAGAAAAACCAUAUCAGUGCCAAGAGUGUGGGAAGCAUUUUGCUCAGAACGCCAGCCUUGUGAAGCAUCAGAGAAUACACGCAGAUGUGAAACCGUAUAAAUGUCAGGAGUGUGACCAAUGUUUUGUUCAUAGUUCACAGCUUGUGAACCAUCAGACAAUCCACUCCAGUGGGAUACUCUUCAAAUGCCUGGAGUGUGGGAAAUGUUUUGCUCAGAAUUCAAACCUUGUGAAGCAUCAAAGAGUCCACACAGGUGAGAAACCCUACAAGUGCCAGGAGUGUGGGAAAGGUUUUGCUCAUAGCUCACAGCUCCUGAACCAUCACAGAGUCCAUACAGGGGAGAAACCGUAUAGAUGCCACGAGUGUGGGAAGUCUUUUGCUCAGAAUGCAAACCUUAUGAAGCACCAGAGAGUCCACACGGGAGAGAAACCCUACAAAUGCCAAGAGUGUAGGAGAUGUUUUGCACAUAGUCUUCAGCUUGUGAACCACCAGCGAGUCCACACAGAAGGGAAGCUGCAUAAAUGCCAGGAGUGUGGGAAAUGUUUUGCAGUGAAUUCUACCCUUGUAAAGCAUCAGAGAAUCCACACAGGAGAGAAACCAUACAAAUGUGUGUCAUGUGGGAAAUGUUUUGCCCAGAAUUCAAACCUACAGAUCCACCAGAGAGUCCACACCGGAGAGAAACCAUACAGAUGCCAGGAGUGUGGGAAGUCUUUUGCGCAGCAUGCACACCUUGUGACGCAUCAAACUAUCCACCCAGGAGACAAGCCACACAAAUGCCAGCAGUGUGGGAGAGGUUUUGCUUGGAAGUCGUACCUUCUGAUCCAUCAGAGAGUCCACAGCCGAGAAAAAAACAGAGAGAAAACAGAAAUGCAGAAUAUCCGGGAGCAGUUCCUGACCAUCUUUCCCCCGGAGAUGUCGAACCGGGUGAGGGAAUGUGGAGCGGAGACCAGUUCCCAGGCGGUGGCCCUGGCCGAAGGCUUCCUCCUGAGUUGGCGAGAGGACAAAAGGCAGGAAGACCAGCUGUGUUCUGUGACCUUUGAGGAGGUGGCCGUAUCUUUCACCCAGGAGGAGUGGGUGCUGUUGGAUCCUGACCAGAGGGCCCUCCACCAGGAGGUCAUGGAAGAGAACUGGGCCAUCAUAUCCUCUCUCGAGAAACGGAGGAAGAGAACUGCAAGUAUCCCAAAGGGAAAGCAUUUAACACAUAAAUUAAAGUUUCCUGGACACCAGAGAGCACAUACAGAAGAGGGAAAUUCCCCCAUGGAGAAGCCCUACCCAUGUGCUGUGUGUGGGAAAUUUUUUCGCGCAAAGGUCACACUGACGCUUCACAGCAGGACCCACACUGGAAAGAAACCCCUUCGAAGUGAUGGGUCUGGGAAACGUUUCCAUUGCUUGUCCCACCUUCUGCGGCAGCGAAGAAUCCAUCCUGGGCGGAAACCCUACCAAUGCAAAGAGUGUGGGAAAAGUUUUGCUUGCAAUGCACAUGUUCUGAUCCACCAGAGAGUCCACACUGGAGAGAAACCGUACAAAUGCCAGGAGUGUGGGAAGCGUUUUGCAUGGAGUUCAAGCAUCCUGAUCCACCGCAAGAUUCACACAGGAGAAAAACCGUACAGAUGCCAAGAGUGCGGGAAAUGUUUUGCUCUCAGUUCUUCUCUCCUGAAUCAUCAGAGAGUCCACUCAGGAGAGAAGCCGUACCGAUGUCAGGCCUGUGGGAAGUGUUUUUCCCAGAAUUCAAACCUUCUGACCCACCAGAAGAUCCACACAGGAGAUAAACCGUACAAAUGUUACGAUUGUGGGAAGUGCUUUGCUUAUUAUUCAAACCUUGUACUUCACGAGAGAAUCCACACCGGGGAGAAACCGUAUAGCUGUCAAGAAUGUGAGAAACGUUUUGCUUACAGUUCACAGCUCGUGACGCAUCGAAGAAUUCACACAGGAGAGAAACCAUGCAGAUGCCAGGCGUGUGGGAAAUGCUUUCGUUGUAUGGCAGACCUUAUGAAGCACCAGAGAGUCCAUACAGGGGAGAAACCCUACAAGUGCCAGGAGUGUGGGAAAAGUUUUGCUCAAAAGUCUGUCCUUGUGACUCAUCAGAGAGUCCACACAGGAGGGAAACCCUACAAAUGCCAUGAGUGUCGGAAAUAUUUUUCUCAGAAGUCUAGCCUUCUGAUCCACCAGAAGGUCCAUGCAGGAGAGAAACCCUACAAAUGCCUGGAGUGUGGGAAGUGUUUUGCUUAUAAUUCACAGCUUAUGGAUCAUCAGAAAGUGCACACGGGAGAGAAGCCUUACAGAUGCCAGGAGUGUGGGAAAUGUUUUUCUCAGAAUUCAAACCUUCUCAUCCACCAGCGAAUCCACACAGGAGAGAAACCCUACAAGUGCCAGGAGUGUGGGAAAUGUUUUGCUGGUAGUUCGUACUUUGUGAAUCAUCAGAGAAUCCACACAGGAGAGAAACCUUACAAGUGCAAAGAGUGUGGGAAAUGUUUUUCUCAAAAUUCAAAUCUUCUGAGCCACCAGCGAGUCCACACAGGAGAGAAACCCUACAAAUGCCAGAAGUGUGGAAAACGCUUUUCUCAGAAUUCACAUCUUGUUUUUCAUCAGAGAGUACAUAUAAGGAAUAAACCAUACAAAUGUGAGGAGUGUGGGAAAUGUUAUGCUCACAGUUCCUACCUUAGAAAUCAUCAGCGAGUCCACACUGGAGAGAAACCCUACAAAUGUGAGGAGUGUGGGAAAUCCUACACUCGCAACUCAACCCUUUUGAGGCAUCACAGAACUCACACCUGAUAGAAAGCAGAGAAAGGUCUGAAAGGCGGGAAGUGUUUGGUUUGCAAACAGAAUCUGUGACAUAAGAAGAAUAUCUACACACGAGCAAACUGCCUCCAUCAUGAUGAGGGCGGAAAUAUUUCACAGAGAAUUAAAACCUUAUGAGAUCCUCCAAUAAGUACACAGAGCAGACAAGGAGAAUUCAUUCGUUGCUGAAAACAUUUUUCUAAUCCGUCCCUAGGAUAUUGCAGAAGAAGGUUCAUGUGGCAUGAAGAGCAUAACAAUAUUUGUAGUGUGAGGAAAAGUUUUCUUAUAAGUCAACAUUUAGGCAAGAUUUGCAUCUUCCUAGGGCAGAAACCUUUCUUGAUACCCUUGACUGCCAGGAAGAAGCACAAGUAAGUCCUAGAUCAAAUCAAACCUGAACACUAUAUCUAGAAGCAAAAAUGUUGAAGCGGUCCUAGUUUGGACAUGAGAAGGAAAGCUUCUUUGGAAAAGACCUAGUAGUAGGCAUCCUUCAGUCUUGAGAGACUAGG